CAUACACUCAACAUAUACACACAUACAUAUUAUAGAGAACACAUACAUAACACAAGGAGCAGCAGCAGCGCAGCACCCCAUAUAACCGUAACCCAGGCAAAGACAACGCGUGCCGUGGGAGUAGUUCGAAGUAUAUAGAAAGAGAACGUGUGUGGGAGUGAGUGUCACGCCAACGCCAACGCCAACCUACGCUCGCUCUCCCUUUUCGGUGGUAAAGUAGAGCAGGAACAAGAACUACAAUAUGGAUCGCUACGAUAUGGACAUUGUGGUUGUUGCUCCACCACCUGAACACGAUACCAGUUCACGCAUCAAGGAAUGGCGCCUUAAAUCCCAAUCAGGCACCCUCAAAGACAAGGAUUUCAUGGAAUUCUUCAAAACGGAAUCAACAAAAUAUUUUGAAUUCCAAAAUGAGAUGGAAACAGACGCAAAUGCGCCAUCUUUGAAAUGCGUUUUUAAGGAGUCGUUAGCCAAGGAGGAGAUAAUUGAUCCCAUCAUAGAGUUUAUGCUGGGCGAUAAGCCGGCCCAGGCGCUGGAGAAGCUACAGAAGGAGGGCAACACGGCCACGGUUUGCAACAAGGUCUUUAAGAAUGGCGAGCCCACCUACAGCUGCCGCGAAUGUGGCGUCGAUCCCACUUGCGUGCUCUGCGUGAAUUGCUUCAAGAGCUCGGCGCAUCGUUUCCACAAGUAUAAAAUGUCCAGCUCUGGCGGUGGCGGCUGCUGCGAUUGCGGCGACGAUGAGGCCUGGAAGCGUGAUCAGUAUUGUGAGCUGCAUCUGGCCAAUCGCAAGAAUCCGCUGGAGAGCAACAUCAUAACAAAGGCAGUGCUGGAACGCUGCGAGAUUUGCUUCAGUGCCAUCUUGGCGUUCUGCGUGAAAUUUCUGGAGAUCGAGCCGAAUGCCAGCAUGGAAUGCUUGGACGGCGAACUGGAUGGCGCAAACUUCUGCACAGUGUUGUAUAACGACGAGUCGCAUACGUUUGACCAGGUCAUACAUACGCUGACCAAGAUUGCCAAGUGCCGGCAGAAGGAUGCAAUGGAAAUAGUGGCGGCCAUCGAUCGCGAGGGCCGCGCCGUGGUCAAGUGCGAUACGUUCAAGGAGUGCAACGACCUAAAGGAGGCCAUAGAGAAUCAGAUGAUACCGCACAGUGGACUGCACACUGCGCGUCACAGUCAAUCGCUGCGCACCUCAGUGCUGAACAUCAACGCUGUGGCCUGUCAGCAGUUUGCGCUGCAGCUGCUCGGCUGGUUCCAGGAGUUCAUAGUGCGUCACUAUCUGUUCCGUCGCACCUUUGCCAUGUUGAUACAGCAGAAGAACGAACCGUUUUGCAUUCGCCACAUACUCGAGUACGAUGUGAAGCUGUGGAAGACGGCGCGCACCUGCUGGCAUCGCCUGCUCAUCUCUGGCAUGCUCAUGGAGUAUCAGAACAAGAUGGUGCUGGCGCAGGAAUUCUCGCGUCGCUACGCUACCAUUGUGGAGGAUUUCAUACGCGACGAUCACGACCAUUCGUUCUCCAUUGUCUCGUUGAGUGUGCAGCUGUUCACGGUGCCCAGCAUUGCGCAUCAUCUGAUUGCCGAGGAGGGCAUCUUCGAUAAGCUGCUGCACACAUUCUAUCAUGUGGCCAUUGAGGAGUUUAUACGCAAUCGCACCUUGCACUUCAGCAAGGACAUGGCCAGCAUGGCGUUCUUCAAACGCGCCAACUACAUUCUGUACGAUCUGCGCUACUUGCUGAGCUUCAAGCCCGAGUCAUUUAGCGAGGAGCUGCGCACUGGAUUUCUGGAUGGCUGCAAGGCUUUGAUACGCGUUUUGAAUGUGAUGCAGGGCAUGGAGCCCAUCACACGCCAGAUGGGUCAGCAUAUGGACUACGAACCGGAGUGGGAAUGCGCAUUCAAUUUGCAUAUUAAACUCGCCUCGACCAUAUCGCAGGUCAUCGAAUGGGCGUCCAGCGAUGCGGAGCUGCUGCGCAAGCUCUACAAGAUGACGGUGCGCGCACUGGUGAGCAACAGCUUCAUUGUGGGACAGGCCAAGCUGGAGUCGAAGCGCUGUGGCCACAACAUGGCCGAUUGUUUGAUCUAUGAUGUCUCCACUCAGCCUGUGUCCAUUCACUUGCCGCUGUCGCGUUUCUAUGCGGGCAUCUAUCUGCAUUUGGGUGCGCAUGGCAUGAGCUACGACAGUCUGCUGGCGGAGACCGAGGCGCUCAAUCUGCGACUCAAUCCUAGAGAGAUUAUUCAGCCAGUGCUUUGCACUCAGGCGAUGAUUGCUCAGGUGGCCGCCGGCAUGUGGCGUCGCAAUGGUUACUCGCUACUGCAUCAGCUCUACUUCUAUCGCAAUGUGCGCUGCCGCGUCGAGAUGCUGGAUCGCGAUAUAGUUUGCCUGCAGACGGGCGCCUCCCUGAUGGAGAGCAACGAGUUCUUGAUACAGAUGAUAAACAUGUUUAAUCUGCUGGGCUGGGUGGAUCCUAGUCUGGAGCCUGGCAUCUCGCAGACGCAGUCGGAUGAUGAGCAUGUGCGUCAGGUGGCCAUGGCCGAUGAGUUUCUGGAGCUGCUUAUUGUCAUCAUAGGCGAGCGCUGGAUGCCAGGAGUUUCGCGUGUCACCGAACAGGAUCGUCUGCGCAAGGAGAUAAUUCAGCUGCUCUGCAUCAAGUCCUAUUCACACUCGGAGCUGUCCCGUGCUCUGCCCGAUGGCAAUGCAGGCAACAGCGAUAAUAUCAUCGAGGAUGUCAUCAGCUCAGUGGCGGUCUUCAAGAAACCCGUCGGCGUCGAUAGCAAGGGUGUCUACGAGCUAAAGGAGCAGCCGCAUGAGGAGUUCAACGUCUACUUCUAUCACUACACCAAGGAGGAGAAAUCCAAGGCCGAGGAGCUGCAGCGUGAGCGUCGCAAGGCAAAGAAGGAGCUCGUCUGCUGCCCCCCGCCCAUGUUGCCACAACUGACACCGGCGUUUACUUCCAUGGCCAACAUAUUGCAGUGCGAUCUCUUCUUUAUGAUUGUCGAGCAGGUUAUCGAUUCUACGCUCAGCGGCUUUGGGCGUCGCAUUACCGAAAGUCAUUUGCAAAAGGUGCUGCAUUUGCUCGGCUUUGCCAUACAGGAGGAGCUUAGCGAUCACUAUCCUUUCUUGAGCUUCUACAAGAGCUCGCAGUCCAUACGGCUGCAGGAGAAGCUAGAGAAGCUAGCGAGAUGUCCACGCCUGGAGGCGCAUCGUGACUUUGUGCUGUGGACGCUGCAGCGUUACAAGCAGCUGCAGGCCAGACAGGCGCCCAGCACCUCGUUGUAUGGCACUGGAGGUGGUGCGUCCACUUCGGCGGCCGCUUUGAGCGGCGCAGCGCACUCCUCACAUGGCGACGCACCGCCGCUGAGCUCGGAGCAGCAGCAGCUGCGCGAGAAGGAGGCACGCUCCAGGCUGGCGGCCGAAAGUCGCGCCAAGAUUAUGGCACAAAUGCAAAAUGCACAACAGAGUUUCAUAAAAUCCAAUGCGGAAAUGUUUGCCAGCGAGCUGCGCGCCACCGAUGACGGUGGCUCAAUGGAUUGGGAGGAUAUAUCCUCAACGGAUGAGUUCUUCACCGAGGGCGAUGAGGAGGAGGGCGCUGUGGGCCUAAGCACAGGCGUAGCCUGUCUUGGCGCCAGACGCAACUUCUGCUCGCCCACAGCGAAUCACUUCAAGUGCAUACUCUGCUUCGAGGAUUGCAGCAUCAGCAGCUCGGGACCGCCGCUGGUGAGCUCGGCGUUUCUGCAGACCUCGCAUGUCAUCUACACGGCGCCCAGUGUCGAGGGUCCGGCCACGGCAUUGCAUGUCAGCUGCUGCGGCCAUGUCAUGCACUACAAUUGCUGGAAGGAGUACUACAGCAGUGAGGAAACCAAAGAGAUGCGUCGUCCGCAGCGCAAUCGCGUGCCACUGAACCAGCCACAGAAUGUUGAGUUCCAUUGUCCCUAUUGCCGCACGCUGAGCAACACUGUGCUGCCCGUAAGUGAGGCGCUGCCCAAGAUGCUGCCACCAGCAGCAGCAGCAGCAGCAGCUGGAGCCGGCGCAGCCACUUGGAUGCCACUGGAUUGCUUUGUCGAACUAAUGCGCACGCUCAGCGUCGAGCUGAAGCGCUCCAAGCCCAACGAUGCGGACUUUCCCAACUCGCAGAGCAUUCUACGCAAAUCCGACAUAGUCAGCGAUGUGGCGCAGCUCGAGCGCAGCGCACAGAUCACCGAGCAGCCGCCGCUGCAUGCCAACUGGCUGGAAGUGAUGAACUCUUUCCACAAGGCGCUGCGCACCGCCAUGCAGACGCAGCUGCUGCAGCCGGCAGCCAACGAUGAGGAUAUGGACACUGUCAGCCUCGCCUGGAUUACCUGCAGCUACACCGUGCAGGCCCUGGAGGUUUAUUUGUAUGCCACACAGAAGCCGCUGCGCGCGGAGCUGCCCAUGCGUCAUCAGAGCUGCAUGAGCAAUCUGGUGCGCGCCUGUUCGCUCUACUCCGCCUCCUUGCUGAGCAAGGAGCAGCAGCAGCAGCAGCGCAGCAGCAGCACUGGCCCCAGCAGCAGCAGCGAGUCGACGGCCAAGCUCAUUGACACUUUGCUGCCCAGUCAAUGCGAACAGGUGGCCAAGCUGCUCGACAGUCUCUUCAAUCAAAAGGGAUGCAGCGUGCUCGAGUGGGAUUGCUUCCGCAUGCUGGUCAAGCUCACCUUCAUGAUGCCCAAUCUGCUGGUCUAUGCGGACAAGAAAGCGAUAAUUCCCAGCGGCAGCAUGUUCGACUUUUAUAUACUGCAGAGCUGCUUUCUGGCCAAUCUGACAAAGGCGCUGGUGCUGUUCAACUAUGAGCGGGAGCACGCCAAGCAGCUGAAGCGACCUGCGACGACGGAGAGCGAGGAGCGCGCCAUGGCCAUGCACGAGUAUGUGGAGGGGCUGCCGGAGAAGAUCAAGCACAACAUGGUGGCUUUCUAUCAGAACAACAACUUUGCCAGGAUUACCAGUCUCUAUGAGCAGGGUGCAGUGCAGCAAAUGGACGUCAGCACGACGGGCGGCGAUGAUGUUGCUGCUGCUGCUGCUGCUGCGGCUGCGGGCUGCGAUGAGCACGAGCUGCUGGUCGCCAUGCUCAUGUAUGUGCAACGUGAGAUGAGCUCGUUUUUGCGCUGCGCCUGUCUCUUCUAUCGCUGCAUGACCGAUGUGGAAUUUCCGGACUCGUUUCCGCUGGAGCAGCACGACCGCUUCGAGCUGAUGUGCCACUAUCUGGGGCUGGAGUCGCAGCUGGGCGUUUACUUUGACAUGGAGUCGGUGUAUGCGACAAUGAUGCAAAGCUUUGCCGCACAUGCCAAGGAGCGCUGGGAGUCGUUGAAUUUGAGCCUGGAGAAGCCAACGCAGCGCAUCAGCUCUCAGCUACCUAGUCCCCCUCCCAGGGUAAUUGUGCCCUGCCAGCGUGCCGUGCCAAAGCUGGUGAAGCUCUUUGAUGACUACAGCGAUCUCAUAAAUAGCGUGUCCGACAUCUUUUGCCCCAACAAUGAGCGUGAGGAAAUGAAGACGCCCACCAUGUGCCUCAUUUGCGGCACCAUACUCUGUGGCCAGUCGUAUUGUUGCCAGCCCGAGCUGGGCAAGAUCCAGGUGGGCGCCUGCACUCAUCACGCUCAUUAUUGUGGCGCGGAGGUUGGCAUCUUUCUACGCAUACGCGACUGUCAGGUAGUCUACUUGGGACGCGGCAAGGGCUGCUUUGUCCAGCCGCCGUACUUGGAUGAGUACGGCGAGACGGAUCAGGGCCUGCGGCGCGGCAAUCCCUUGAGACUCUGCAAAGCCGCCUAUGAUCGCAUCUAUCUGCAGUGGCUGGGUCACAAUUUGCACGAAGAGAUCGCGCGCUUGAAUGAGAACGCGAAUGUGGCGGUAACGCAGUGGCAUCACAUGUAGUCUCCAACCCCAACACUCCGCAUCUCAAUUCCGUUGACAUUGGUCUUGCAAAUGCGGUUGGCACGGCAGUGAGAGAAGUGAGAUGUGAUUGAUUAACUUAAAAACUAAACUUAGGAGUGCAUAUUAAAUACUAUAAGCAUUUUAUUCACACAUACACCCAAACACACACACACACACACAUACACACGAACAAUUACACAUACUACUCCCCAGUCUGUGUCUGUGUGCGCCUCAAGAAACCCCCGAAACACCCGAAUCCGAACACUGCGCUGGCAGCUCUUUCUCUCUCUCUCUCUCUCUCUCUCUGCUUAUUUGUGUUUAAUUUUUGCGGCAAAUUAAAUUGUUGUUAUUU